CUGUCUGUGCUGACCACCUGACACCUGGUGACACUGUAUUAUUGUUGAAAUUGAUGUUUUUAUGAAUUGAAUCUGUUUCUGUUAAAUAUCAAUUAUGUACAAAUUAUUUAUAUAGUUAAAUGCUGCUAAAACAUUAUACUUUUUUUUAAGAGAAAAGGUUAUUAACAUCUUUAUUUUGUCAAUAGCUCUUGUGUAGGUUAUUAAUAUCAUUAUUUGUGAGAUAAAAGAAAAUUUCAUGUUCAUCAAAAUAUGUUGAUAAAUGAAGAUUCACAGUACAAUAAUAUCGCAGCAUCUGAAGUUGAGAUGUUUCCAGAUUUUGAAGAUAAUAAUUAUUCACUUCUGCCAGAUGAUUUAUUCCAAAGCUUGAGUUCUGAAUUAGGCAUACCUCUUCUGUUAGAAAAUGAAAUAUGUUCAAAGACAGAUGAUAAUCUUAAUACCCAGAUUAUUGAUGAUAUUUCUUUAGGAGAAUCUCUGACUGGUUUUAAAGAUUUUGAUAUAAGUAUACCGCAACAAAAUUCAGAUUUGAGUAAUGAUGCAGAGAUAGAAAUUAAGUUGGAGCCUAUGAGUCCUCAUAUAGAAUUGCCUUUGUCACCUAUACCAAGUCAUUCAGAGUCUAAUAAACUAGAUGGACAAAUGGAAACAAACCAUGUUGCUACAUUAUAUGAUUUUAAGCCAAAUUUAGAAACACCACCUAUCUCACCACCACAAGAUGUUUCUCCAUGUAAGUCUCCAGAACAUACAUGGGAUCAAACAAUGGUCAAGAAAAAAAUUACACUCAAACCAUUUAAAUCUCAAGAUAUGAAGCAAACAAAAUUUAUUCUCUCUAAACUUAAUUCUGCUAAACGUGUUCGAGUUCAACCAAAAAAUAAUAUACAAUUUACAACCGAUGAACAGCCACAGGGUGCUAUACUUUUGAAUGCUCAAAAUUUCGUCACAUUCACUCAAAAAGCUAAACAAAACUGUACAUCUUAUCCUUUUCUAGCCCAUUUAUUACCAAACAAUGGAAAUGACAAGAUCCAAACUUCAAUGCAAUUUCCAUCGAUGCAGAUAAGAACAGAAGCAAAAACAGUUCAAGUACAACAAAAGAAUAAGAUAAAAGUAGUGGAUAAUAUUCCGAAUUUGUAUGUACCAGGAAAAGAAUCAGUAAUUAAUGCCGUUGACGCGUCCUUAGCCCCAAAUAAUGAGACAACAAGAUGUACCUCUAUAAUUGUAAAAAAUGAUUCAUCUCAGUGUAGACCAAUAGUAAUUAAAACCGAAAAUUCAAAUUAUACCCCUAUCGUUAUAAAAACUGAGAGCCAAGAGAUUAAUUAUGCUGGGCGACAAGAAUGUGAAAUGAAAGCAUUGAAAAGGCAGCAGAGAAUGAUUAAGAACAGAGAAUCAGCUUGUUUGUCUCGAAAGAAAAAGAAAGAAUACGUAUCUUCUCUGGAAAAACAAAUUUCCAGUUUAGAGCAAGAAAAUAGACAAUUAAAAAUGGAAAAUACAAACUUAAAGCAAAGGCUCUCAACCUUAGAAGGUAUAAAUAGUAGCAGUAAAUUUAAGAACAUCAAUCAUAAUAUAAAUAAAAAGAAUGUUGCUAUUCUCUUAGGAAUGAUUUUUAUGGUAUCUUUAAAUGUUAAUGGUUUCAGGGAUUUACUUUCACAAAAUAAUCGAUUGGACACGUUAUCAGCUGAUGUUCCUAUUAGCCCGAAGUAUGUUAGACACGGAAGAACCCUAUUAUGGACACCUAAAGAUCAAAUUGAAGACAAAGACGAAGAUAACUUCCGUAAAAAUACAACGACGCCUCAGCCUAUGUGUCCAAUGCAUAUUAAUCAAAGUGAAUCGAUCCGUUUAGAUUAUGAAUUAAGACGCUGGAUCGGUGGAAAGUCUGAUAAAGAUAAUUGGAGUAUGUUGAAAAAAUCAAGAUUAGACGCAAAACUGCUGGCUGAGCUUUUAUCGUCUCCUCGUACAAUGCAAACAGAAAUUAAGCGUAAACACAAUUUCUCUCAAAGAAAAAAAUCUGUAGUAGUUAAGAAAAAAGCCGAUCCGCCUAUAUCAAAUGCGGUAGAAGUUUUCUCUCCAAUAAUAAAAGAGCAUGCUUCUUUGUUUGAAGCUCUUGGAAGAAGAGAUGAUACCUUUUAUGUAGUUUGGUUCAGUGGAGAACAUUUACUUUUGCCAGCUUCGAGCAAAAAUAGUACAGGUAGGCCACGAAUGUCGUUGGUCCUUCCUGCUCUCCCUGUGAACGAAACAUUUUCAACGCCUGCUAAUGAUAUGACUAUGAUGCAAAUCGAUUGCGAGGUUACCAAUACACAACUGUUGCAUUUACAACAAUCAGUCAUACCUAGUAAUUUGAAAAAUAACAACAGGUCUCGAACUCAUACCCAUCGAACUGACACAGCAAGUGAUAUAUCAGAUGCAGUAACAGCUGAUACAACUAAAACUUACAAACCGUAUUUUAUUAAAGAAACUAAUCAUAAGACUUUCUAUGAAAGAAAAUUAAGAGAUGCAUAUAUGGACAGAAGUAGUAGAAAUUAUAGCGAAACGACCGAAUAUAUAUUGAAAUAGAAAAUUAUUUCUAAAUUUGAUUUAGAAAAGAUGAAGAUUCAAAUACUAGAAAACAUAAAAGAGAUAGAACUAAUCAAAAAGAUUAUGUUUAGCAUUUAAACGUUUUUAUUUUUCACAAAAUACAAAACUUAAGGUUCACAUUCGCACAUGCAAACGUAUCGGUAAUGCACACAAGCAUAUACAUAUUCAUAAUAUGUACAAUUUAGAUACAAUUGCAGAAAUAAAUCGUCACAAAUAUA